UCCACACAGGGCCCUCUCUCUCUUCCAAACUUUCUCUGUUGUGUGUAGAGAGAGAGAGAGAGGGGAGAGAGCACAAGUAGUACAGAGAGCAAAUGAACUCCAGCACAGGGACGUCGGCGGGAGGAGGAGGAGGAAGGGGAAAAUCAUGGCCGUCGACGACAUCGGUGUCGGCGUCAGGUAAGAGAAUUCAAAAGGAGAUGUCCGACCUCAACCUCGACCCUCCUUCCGAUUGCUCCGCCGGCCCCAAAGGCGACAAUCUCUAUCACUGGGUCGCCACCCUCAUUGGUCCUUCUGGAACACCUUAUGAAGAUGGCAUCUUUUUUCUUGACAUAACAUUUCCAAGUGAAUAUCCUUUCAAACCUCCAGAGGUGGUGUUCAGAACUCGAAUCUACCACUGUAAUGUUGAUUCUACUGGCAACGUUAGUUUAGACAUCCUGAAAGACAGUUGGAGUCCAGCCCUGACGAUAUCAAAAGUGCUCCUUGCAGUGAAAUCUAUGUUCACUAACCCUGACACAUAUAAGCCAGUUGUUCCAGGCAUUGCUCGCUUGUACUUGGCUGAUAGAGCAAAACAUGAUGAAUUAGCUGCAGAAUGGACCCUGCGAUUUGCGAGGUAAAUUUGAUGAAUUUUGAUAAAAAGAGACCUUUGUACUUGAUAGGUUUUAUUUACACAAGCAGCCUCUUGCAUGACCAUCAUGUGUGUGUAGUGAGUGAUGUCUCUGUUGUAAACAAUAAUUAAGCAUGUAUGGCUGAUAAUUAAUUGCUUUUCUUUAAAAUUGUUGACAGCCUACCAACUUUACUUUUCAUAUAUUUGGUAUAAUUUAAGUUUGUAAGUUUUCAACU